GCUUGUCGCUUCACUACUACACAAGACGCUUGUGUAACUAACAGCAGAAGCCGUGUUGUCCAAAUUAUACAAUUAUAUGCAGACUUUGGUCAGUCUUGUUGCAGGUGUGGUAGUGUUUGGAGCUGAAUGCAGAAGGUCGUAGCAGUGCUUGGUGGGGGGAUUGGGGGUCUGUCGGCCUGUCAUCAUCUGAGCAAGUGUCCUAAUGUUUCCAAGAUUGUACUGCUGGAGAAAUCUGGGAGAUGUGGGGGUUGGUUGCGCUCCAUACGGAGAGAUGAUGGGGCCGUGUUUGAACAGGGACCACGAGGGGUGCGACCUGCAGGUUCUGUCGGCCGGAACACUUUGAAUAUGGUCUCUGAGUUGGGUCUUGAGUCUGAAAUCCUGCCUGUUACAAAGGAUCAUGUGGCGUCUAAGAACCGCUUCCUGUAUGUGAAGGGACAGCUGCACAAGAUGCCAUCGGGACCAGGUGGGGUUAUCCGCACCAUCCCUCCUUUCUCUCGACCCAUAAUUCAGAGCGUUCUGAAGGAGGUACUGAUCAGGAAAGGGACAGAGGAAGAUGAAUCUGUGCAUGCGUUUGUGUCCAGACGAAUGGGUUCUGAGUUGGCGGAUAUAGCCAUAGACAGCCUGUGUAGAGGAGUUUUUGCUGGAGACAGCAGACAGUUGAGUGUACGGUCCUGCUUUCCACCUCUUUAUGAAGCAGAGCGGUCUCGGGGCUCCAUCGUGCUGGGCAUGCUGAUGGGUUCAGGAGGUGGUCCUAAAGUAGUCUCUUCUGACUUGGCAAAGAGAGCAUCUAAAGAGUCCUGGACUCAGUGGUCUCUUAAAAGAGGCAUGCAGGCAUUCCCAGAGGCCUUGGAGGACAUGCUGAAGAGACGAGAACGAGUGGAGCUUCAUCAUCAUGCCAAAGUGAAGAGUCUGAAUAUGAACGGUGGAGGCUGGGAGAUCAAACUAGAUGAUGGCAUCUCUUUGAAAGCUGAUCAUGUGAUUUCUACGCUACCUGCAUCAGAAUUGGCCUCUGUGCUGCCCCCUGCUGCUCAACACCUGUCGGAACAGCUGCGAUCCAUCGCUUCUGUAAAUGUCGCUGUGGUGAAUUUGGAAUAUGAAGGCUUCAUCCUUCCUUUUACUGGCUUUGGACAUUUGGUGCCUUCCUCUGAAGAUCCUGGUCUGUUGGGGGUGGUGUACGACUCUGUUCCCUUUCCACAACACAAUCGGAGUGGAGGAUUGACCACUAGACUGACGGUGAUGAUGGGGGGCGCGUGGUUUGAGCAGACGUUUGGUCAUCCUGAUUCAGUGACGAAGCAGACGCUGUUGGAUCGAGCCACCCAGGCUGUGACCUCUCACCUGGGCGUAAACUCUCAACCUGUAUGGAGCUGUGUCGCUUUACACAAGAACUGCAUUCCGCAGUAUCAUUUAGGACACUGGAAACGACUUGAAAAGAUGAGGCAAUACAUCAGCAACCACAAUCUGCCCCUUACACUGGCGGGAGCUUCCUACGAUGGUGUCUCUGUCAAUGAUGUUAUAUUUAGUGGGCGGACUGCAGCUGAGGGUCGCAUUGGGAAAACAUGAUUCCUGGGAAGGAAUCACUAAUAUAUGAACAACAUGCUUUACUUGAACCCAGAAUGGAAAUCAAGAAGAGUACAUCCAAUUGUUUGGUGAUGCAAAAUCUUUAAAAAAAUCAUUAUUAGUAUAAUUUGAUAUAUCAUGUUUUGUUUUCCAUUAAAAUCUAAAUGUCCUUCAAAGAAGAUACGUUGACUUCAGAAAUAAAACUGAAAGGUAAUAAGAGUGAAAAUAUUUUGUAAUUUAUUGGCUUGACAUUUUCUUAAACAUCCCUAAAUGUUAAUAUUUCUCUUUUUUCAGUGAAAAAUGAGUCACCAAUAAUUAACUUUACCAGUAUUAUCAGUUAAUUGCAGCCAAAUGAUUGUAGAAUUAAAAAUUAAAUGUUUUAUUUUAUGUUUGUCUGUGGUGAAAUUGAACUUUGGAUGAGGAAUAUUGUAUAUUUUCAUCAGUCAUUUUCAUCAAAGUUUGACAUCUUGGGCUGUGAAAUUGUCAGUUGCUACUGGUAUCUCACCAGAACUCACUCUUGCAUUAGGAAAGGUUACUCUGACCUUCAUUCACAUUACCUCAGCACCUAUCAAAAAUGGCUAGGGGUAGACUCAGAUGUUUGAAAUAGUAUAUUUUCAACCGUUUCCUCCAUUUGUCUGAAAGAAGAUGCUGGUUUUCAGGUGUUUUGACUAGGCUGAGAUGAAGUGCCAUUAGAUCAGGCUGCACUAAAAAACAUUUUGCACUGAAAAUUUCACACCAUUACACUGAAGUGGUUUCAGUGGCAAAUGUACAACUUAUAUUUUGCAUUUGAGCCAAGCAGCAGAUUGGUAAUGGCUGUGACCGUCUGCAUUGUCGUUGACUUUUUUUUUUAAAGUUUACUAUUACUCAGAGAACCAGACCUUUAAUUGGUGCUUGAGAGCCAUUUGUUUCACACACAGAUGCUUUGCAAAGCAUUUCUCUUAAUGUGUCACGCAGCUUCAAUUUGUGAUGAUGUUUUAUCACAGAAAUGCACUGGUGUGCCUUUUUGCCUUUUACAUGCAGUAAUUGUGAGACAUCAGUGAAUGCAAUUUUAUAUUGCAUUGUUACAUUAUGGAUCCACUAGCAAUGGAGACUGAUUGUGCUGUUUUGGGCCUUAGGUGCUUAUGGUGAAUGUGACUUUUUGUAUAGUAUGUAACUCAGCAAUAAUUCCAUGAAAGAUUUUUUCUGACAACCGCUUAAUAAAUGAUCAUGUGUUUUUGUGUGAUUGUCUCAGAGCAAU